UAACAAGUGUCUAAUGUAAUCUUCUUCUUCUUUUUUUCCUGGGGAAUUUGAGGUUCAGUGUGCAACACGAACAACCCCAUGACACGGGGGCGGUGACGUCAGACGGGCCCCAGACAGAGGGCGCGAGUGCGAGGACACUCCGCGGGGGCGCGCACAUGCGCACAGGCUCGGUCUGACACCCCGACGUGAGCGCGGGCGCGUCAAUAUACACACGGAGAGCGGAGCGGCGCGUUGGGUGUAGUGGAAGGUGCUCCACAGCACAGAGAGACAUCCGGGCAGGCGCAGACACCUCCACACACCGAGCAGAGGUUCGCGGCGCAGUUUGUGGGGCGGCCGGGACGCGAUCUUUUUAAACCAUGCUGGAUUGACUGCAGAGAGGCAACUACAAUCAAUGGCUUGGCUUUGAAAUCGUUGAAAAUUUAUCGGAAAGGAGUGUGAGACAGAGCGACAGCGGGAGAGGGGGAGAGAGAGAGAGAGAGAGAGAGAGAGAGAGGGCGAGAGCAGCGAGGGAGAGCGCGAGAGUGGCGAGGAGAGGAGAGGGGUGGAAAUAAAGAUCCCUUUCAACAAUGGAGCUUACAAUGGAAAACAUUGGAAAUCUGCACGGUGUUCCCCACUCCCACCAGAGCGACUUAAUGAACUCCCCGCACGCGCGCCAGUCGUCGGCGUCGCAUCGGAACUUGGUGUCGCACGGACGGUCAGCCAUGGUGUCCAGCAUGGCCUCGAUACUGGAGGGAGCAGGGGACUACCGCACAGACCACGCUCUGUCCGGGCCCCUGCACCCGGCAAUGACCAUGUCGUGCGACUCCGGGAUGAGCCUGAGCAGCACCUACACCACGCUGACGCCGCUGCAGCACCUGCCCCCCAUAUCCACCGUCUCGGAGAAAUUUCACCAUCCGCACCCACAUGCUCACCAUCAUCCGGCGCACCAGCGACUCGCACCCGGCAACGUCAGCGGCAGCUUCACCCUGAUGAGGGACGACCGAAGUCUCGCCUCCAUGGGUAACCUUUAUGGACACUAUCCCAAAGACAUGUCCGGCAUGGGGCAAUCCCUGUCCCCUCUGUCAAACGGUCUGGGGUCUUUGCACAGCUCCCAGCAGACUCUCAGCGCCUACGGUCCUGGAGCUCACCUGUCCAAUGACAAGAUGCUCUCCUCGGGGGGCUUCGAGUCCCACGCGGCAAUGCUCUCCCGGGGCGAGGAUCACCUGGCCCGGGGUCUGGGGGGCCAUGGGGCCGGGCUCAUGUCAUCCUUGAACGGCAUUCACCAUCAUAGCCACCCGCACUCUCAGGCAAACGGGUCCAUGCUGUCAGACCGGGACAGGCAGACGGUGGUGGGAGGCGGGCAGGGAGGUGGGUCGGGGCAGGUGGAGGAGAUAAACACCAAGGAGGUGGCACAGCGAAUAACGGCGGAGCUCAAGCGCUACAGCAUCCCGCAGGCCAUCUUUGCUCAAAGGAUCUUGUGCCGGUCCCAGGGAACUCUGUCCGACCUGCUGCGGAAUCCUAAACCGUGGAGUAAACUCAAGUCUGGCCGGGAGACGUUCAGGAGGAUGUGGAAGUGGCUCCAGGAGCCCGAGUUCCAGCGGAUGUCAGCGCUCAGGCUUGCAGCCUGCAAGCGCAAAGAACAGGAGCAACACAAGGACCGCAACACAGCGCCCAAGAAACAGCGUCUGGUCUUCACUGACCUGCAGCGCCGCACACUCAUCGCCAUCUUCAAGGAGAACAAGCGUCCAUCCAAGGAAAUGCAGAUCACCAUCUCCCAGCAACUCGGCCUGGAGCUCAGCACCGUCAGCAACUUCUUUAUGAAUGCACGCCGCCGCUGCGUGGACCGCUGGCACGAUGACCACGGUGCCAGCCCCGGGCAGCCAGGCACAUCCGCCACUACCUUCUCCAAGGCCUGAGAGGAGGAGAGGACCUUCAGAGGCCCAGGGGAACAGGUUGGAACAACAGGCAACAUGGGAAAUUGGCUGUGAAAGCCUGUUUUUUUAACAUCCCUACCUGGCCUGGACCAUCUGAAUGUGUCCUCCGCCUGAAAAUCCUUUGUGCCAUGCAAUCAUCUUUUUUGUCAGUCAGAAUUUAAAGACCUCACCUGAAACAAGCAUAAUCUAAAAGGUGAACAGUGAAGUCAGGUUCACUCUGCAUUACUCACAAAAGGACAAUCAUUGAUUCUGUCUUUUUUUGUUGUAAAGAAAAUCGUUUCUAUGGCAUCUGACAAAGAGACACCAAAGAUUUGAUGUUUUUGUUGGAUAGUAUCUGAAUUAUGCUUCACCACCCAAGUAGCCACUGAUUCAAAUUUUUUUUCUCCCAACUCACCUCCUUUGCGUCUGCCUCUUUACUCUCUCACAUCUCCUCUACGCCGGCACACGGAAGCAACAAGGGCGAAAGAACGGCAAUAAAUCUGACAGCAGAACAGCACAUAGCCUUACUAUCCAAGCCCCAUCCUGCACACACAAGGCCGUCAUAAAGAAAACAACGCAGCCUAUGAAAAAAACAACAAGGCUUUCCAAUUCUCCGCCUGUACCUCCCCCCGCCUGCUGUAGUCUCCUUCAUUCCUCGGCCAAAGGUAUUCCCUGAUGGCCAGCCAUUUCAGAGAGCAGCUCAGCCUGAUCAUACAGCAAACUAAUGAAUUGAAAAAUGAAUCGAUGCAGACGGAGAGAGCGGGGCCUUGACCCCUCCUGAAGGUGAAACUGAAGAUGCUCGGCAGUAGAUACUCAGGUCUUCCAGGCCCAGGUCUAUAUUUUUUUGCACAGAUGUUGGAGGCCUGUAGGGAGACAUGUCAUUGUUACUCUGAGCCUGAGCCUAGAGUCUGAGUUUCUCUGACCAACAGGAGAGGCGGGUGAGGUGUCUGGACAUGCUUUUUGUUCUGCUGGGAGCUUUCCCUCUGAUCAAUAACUGAGAACCAAGCGACAACAACACGCUCGGGCUUCCAGCCAACUACAUUACAGCUGCAUAUGAAAAAGCAGAAUGUAAGAGGAGCACAUGGAACCCAGUGGAGAUGGGGACACAAAGACCUCACUACAACAAGCAGCAGCAACAUCAGCAGCAGCAUGAACAUCAGCAGCAGCAGCAGCACACCUCUCCCUCCCCGGUCCUGCCGAUGCUGACAGAGCAACAGUGCCCCCUGCUGUCGAUAGUAGACACCUGUUUCCAGCGGAGCAAAGGGGUUCAGAGCAGAGGAGAGGGAGGGAAGAGCCACUAGAUGCUGAGGAGAAGUCAUGGCACAACACAUUCAGGCCCUCACAGCUCUUUGAAGGGAGAUCAAUAGCUAACCAUUAUCCUAUUGUUGUUCCUCAUCCAACCAGCACUGGUGAAGCCGGAGGAGGGGGAUGGUUAAACUGAAUGCUGGAAACACAGGGAUUUAGCAAAGGCAGGGAUUUAUUUAACCAAUCCAAAUUAGAGUAGGGGAUGGAAAAGUACCACAGCGACAGUAAAAUACAACAGAAAGGCUCACUGAGACAGGCAAUUCUGAGGUGCAGCGGAGGUUUGAUUUACAUUAAUUUGGGAGGCUUCAUAUUUUUCAAAACCAUUCUUCCGCUUCCUCCAUCUCAUCUGUCCGCAAAAAAAACAGGCUCUCGACAAAAGUGAUUGAAACCAAAUCUCCUGGUUACUCCCACACAAGGGUUAUCAGUAGCUAACCACCACACUGACAAAAUGCUACAAUAAUUAGUGCCAAUGCUUACUGCCUUAAUGCAAAUCAGAGAAUAUGGUACUAGGGUUCACACACGGCUACAGAGUGCCCCGUUGAUGAUGGGCGGUGUGUGCCAUAGCCAACCAACAAUCAGCUUUUAAAAAUAUACUUUUUUAGUAAAGAAAAGACAAAAAAAGAAUCAGAAUUUUAAGGCAUACAAUAACCAAACCUCAAAUGACAAAGAUACCACACGUAGUAUGUGUUACAAACAAAAAGGAAAAUGUCUCCAACACAUACCUGGACACAUUUUGAAGCAGAAGAAAAAUGUCUCAUUCUAUCUUUGGUUCUCUACCUCCUCUUCCCUCUAACCCCAUUGACCCCCUCUCUUUCUCUCUUCCUCUCUAUAUUGAUGCGGGUAUUUAAUUAGUACCAUAGACACAAAGUUUCUAUUUCUUGUUACUAUUGUGCUCUGUUGUGCAUAAGUAAGGCACCUUGUUGAUAAAUCAAAAACAAAAAAAGGAAGGACUUUUCAAAAGGAAAAAAAAAGAGGGAUGCAAGGACGGAGGCCAACGAAGGACACAUUUUUUUGCAUUUUAUGUGAAAAAAGACUGGGCGGAGACAUUUACCUUGAGAAAGAGAAAAAAAAAGAAAAACAGGGAGCUGCUGAAGAGAAGAAUAAAUGACGGACACUUUCUCUCUUUUGGCACGUCAUGUCAGAACUGUGGUACUCUGACCCCAAGAACGGGGCAAAAUGGAGGGGGACAAAACAAUGACCUCCAAAUGUCCCGGCUGAUUCAAUGUGUUUUAUUGGAAGGUGUGUGGGGGGUUGAAGCCCGGGACUCAAUAGUUAUCUAUAUGGUCUUAAGAUGCAACUGUAGCAUUUCCAACAAUGUAGUCAGAUUAGCGGUGCAGAUUGGAUACGAGACGGUCAUUGUAGAGGAGCUGAUCAGAACGUACCAACUAACUUCACGUUGCUGUAAGCAGUGAGUUAAAGUCACCAAAGGAAGAUGAGCAAAAAUCAGUUUGUGUGGUUACACAGUUCAGUGAGCAUCGGUACAUAGCUAGAUUCAGCUCUAGGUAUUAGGCUGACAAAAUGGCAUUUGUUUGUAGUGAGAACCAGUGUGGCUACCUCACUAAGCUGAGUGGUUUGUGAAACCGCCACUAAUACCAAAGAUACUGCAGCCUACCAGUCCCAAACUGCCUAGGGGGACACAAAGAGAAAAAAAAAGAAAAAGAAGAGAGGCCCCCUCCUCUUUGUCCAAAUCAGACACACACUCAACAUCAGACACACACACCUACAUACACAUACAUACGUACAUGUUAGUACUAACAGCGCAGUCAGGCUGCAUCGUGCCACGUUGGAGGAGGUGGCUGCCUUGCAGACAGAGUUGAGUGCCUUUUCCCUUCAACCACGGGUGGGACUGCACUGGACACACACACACACACACACA